AUGAAUUACCAUGAACAACGGUUAAAUAAUUGGGCUGUUUUAAUCAUGUCCGGCGUUUCCAGCACGCAGAAAAAUACCAUUCUGAUGGGUCGAAAGUGUUUUCUGUGCCAAAACACGCGCUAUCGCAGCAGGCACUGCCGUUUGUUUCGAUUUCCUGCGCGUGGUACAGCCAUGUGGAGCCGAUGGUUAACAGCGAUGGCACUCGGUGAAGAAGACAUCCGUCCAAACGAGCAUCCGCGCGUGUGUCAAAGGCACUUCGAUCCAAAGCACUUUCUCACCAGGCAACUCUCCGGGAUGGCUGUACCGGUGUGGAAUUUGGAAAGAAUCAAGCAUAAAGAGCUCUACACCGGCGAAGAGUAUUCGUCUAAUGUUGUGAAGAUCUUUGAUAAGAAAACAGAAGCGACCGGUGACUGUGGUACUGAAUAUGGUGAAUUAUCAGACGAGAAGAUUUUGGAAUAUGAAGUAGCUGAAGAUGUGCCGUCGGAAGAGGAAGAAUUGGAUUUAUGUCCACCGUUAUCCACGCACGCAACUGGGGAUGAACAAUCGAAUGAAACUGAAGCCACUACUGCUCCGACCGCCCUUAGCUGCAGUAUUCUUCAACAUGAAGAGCUCCAAGAAUUGCUCUCGCUGGAAAGAGUUCGUGUGGAGCAACUGUUGCGGUUGAAUGCCCAACAGAAGCAAAUUAUCGAGGAUCAGCAAAAUCUACUGUGGCAGCUCGGUGUAGAAUACGUUGCGCUUCACCCGGACAAACUUGCCGAUGAUUCGGAUUGA